AUGUUAAAAAGCAGUACGGUGGAUCAGAAAGAGUUGCAAAGACGUGAGACAUUUUUACGCGAUAACUCUCGACCCUUAAAACUAGCUGAUCCGACAACUUGGCCACGUCGUUGGGGCGUGACUUCUUUUGCUAUUGUUACUGGCCUGCUAUCUUGGAAAUAUUAUACGGAUUGGUCAAGAAAACCAUUCUUUUACAGUCUCGUUCCUCGCUUCAUUCUUUUGACCUUUCUGGGUGGCAUUGGAUACGUAGUUGGUUCUCUUCGUGAAUAUCACUAUAAAACCCGUGACGCCGUUAUUGAACAUUAUAUCUCGCUUCAUCCAGAAGACUUCGAGCAUUUGACAAAUUUGGACGGACGUAAAUAUUCGGAGGUGCUUAUACCCUGGAUUCCUCGACGUGCACAUCAUAGAAAAUUUGAUUAG